AUGGUGAACACAAAUCUAGAAGUAAUCAAAGAAGACCAUGAACAUGGUUAUGAUAGACACAAAGAUUUGAAGGCUCUUGAUGGAUCAAAAACAGGCGUAAAGGGACUUGUAGAUGCUGGUAUAUCCAAGGUUCCUAAAAUAUUCAUUCAUGAUAAGAGUCAUGAAGAAACCACUUCCAACAAUCUCAGUAUUCCACUCAUUGAUUUUGGACCUCUAUUUACAAAUCCAACAAGUUCACGUUUUGAGAUAGUUGAGAAAGUAAAGUAUGCAUGUGAGAAUUGGGGAUUCUUUCAAAUGGUCAACCAUGGAAUUCCAACCACUGUUUUGGAUGAUAUGCUUGAUGGGGUGCUUAGAUUUCAUGAACAAGACACUGAAAUCAAGAAAGAGUUUUAUUCUCGUGAUGUUACCAAAAGGGUAUAUUAUAAUACCAAUUUUGAUCUCUAUGUUACUCCAGCUCUUAAAUGGAGAGAUACUCUUUCUUGUGUUAUGGCCCCUCACUCUCUUGAUCCUCAGAAACUUCCUACAGUUUGCAGAGAUAUAACAAUUGAGUACUGUGAGUAUGUUAAGAAAUUAGCGAUAAUUCUGUUUGAAUUGAUUUCUGAAGCAUUAGGCCUUAAUUCCAGUUACCUCAAGGACAUAGAUUGUGCAGAAGGACUUUUCCUACUUUCCCAUUAUUCUCCACCUUGUCCUGAGCCAGAACUGACUUUGGGUGCCAGUGCGCAUUAUGACAGUAGCUUCAUCACUGUUCUCUUACAAGAUCAGCUUGGUGGCCUCCAAGUUUUCCACCAAAAUCAGUGGGUUGAUGUCUCACCGGUUCCUGGUGCCUUGGUCGUUAACCUCGGCAACAUGAUGCAGCUAAUCACAAACGAUAAGUUUGUGAGCGUUAAACAUAGAGUUCUGGCACAAAAAAUUGGACCAAGAGUUUCGGCAGCAUGCUUUUUCAGGCAACAUCUCCCUCCUGAGAAUUCAAGAAUAUAUGGACCUAUAAGAGAGUUGCUGACACCAGAUAAUCCUCCAGUUUACAAGGAAACACCAGUGAAGGACUUGGUUUCACACCACAAUGGGAAAGGGUUAGAUGGUACUUCUGCACUAGAACCCUUCAGGUUGUAA